UCCCGGCGAAGGGUCAAUUGAUCACCUGAUUACAGUAUAAAUUCUUUAAAGAUUAUUUGCAGCAGCUUUCAUAGACUGUUAAUAUGAUGUACAUGUUUGCAAGGCCUCACCAUGGAGAGAGCAGAUGUUAUUGCCUCAUGCUAAAUGUAUAUUGUACGGUUGAGAGGGAUUUGAAACAACUGAGAAACAACAUACUUGAAUGUGAAGAACAUUGAUGGACAAAAAUAGUGGCUAGACCAAUAAAAAAUUGUUUCCGUUAGAAUUUGUUCAUGCUUGUAGUUCAGUUCUUUUAGUUCUUUUGGUCGGCACCAAUAAAAGAAAAUGAUACAUUUAGUCCUGGUUCGCUUGCGUUCACACUGUCAUUUUAAAAGCUUCUACAAUGUAUAUUUUGCAUUGAAACUUACCGACAGUGUUACGUGUAACGCAUUACAACUAAUGCGAUUACUUGUAAUCAGAUUACUUUUUCCCAAGUAACUCGUAAAGUAACACGUUACUUUUAAAUUUAACACAAAAUAUCUGAGUUUCUUUUUCAAAUAAGUAAUGCACGUUACUUUGUUUUCCUAUUUAUUCACUGACAUUUCUCUUGUGCCCAUGUUGUCCCCUAUUCUUCUGUAAUCCAGAAUAGCAGCACAGCUGAAAGGUUUGUUUGAGCUGCGCCCUCUACUGUACAGGCAUGAAUUUGCAUUUCAAGGCACCAGGGUUUGAAUACCAGCGUUCAGACCUAUUCGUUCAGAACAAUCGCAUCAGAGUUGGUUUUAAACACCUGGCACGUGUUAGCACACCCUUAGUCACAAUCUAGAGCCAGCCCAUUCAAAAAAGAAAAAAACCUGUCAUUCUGGUUUAGUAUCUAAUCAAACAUCUUAACCCACGCUUGUUGAGCAUAGUUGUCUUAGCAAAGCAAGAGACGGGACAGAACUACAUUUACAGUGUUUCUAAAUAAGUAUUGGGAUGUUUCUUAAGACUGUAAGUAAAACUUUUUACUACUUUUGUUGAUCUGGGUAAUCUGAGUCAAAGAUAUUUAAAGUUACAUUUGGCUUCAUGUACUCUUUAGGUUGUACGAUGAAGUCAACCAAGACAAAACACAAGUUGUUUUUUACACUGAUUCUGGCACUUCACCUCAUGUCUGUACAAGCUGAAGCAUUAAUCCUUACAUGAGAAUCAAAAUUGCAUAAGGCUUGUUUUCAAAGAACAUAUCCCCAUUUUUUUCUUUGCAUGAUGGUUUCAGCUUCUCAUGAUGAUGACGUGAGAAUCCUGAUUGUGGGAAUCCGAGGUGACUCCAGAUUCAGCGCUGCAGAUAUUCUGUCAGGAAGGACAGACGGUGGACAGGAGGACAGAGAGAUUGUAAAGACUCCAGUAAUUACAGACGAGGGUCGUAGAAUGAUGCUGGUCACUGGACCAAACCUCUGUGAGGAGGACACAGCGAGACAGAGCUUCACAACAGCGCUGUUCCUCUCGUCUCCUGGACCUCACGCCGUUUUAAUGGUCCUGAAUCUGGAAGAUGAAGAAUCAGAACAGUGUGAUGUUGUGAAACGAGCCCAGGAGCUGCUGGGAGCAGAAGUUCUGCAGUACUGCAUUGUUCUUCUGCACCAGGAACGUUUCACAGGAGCGUCCAGAGGGAUCGCUGGAGAAAUGAUCGACGCAUGUGGAGGCAGAUUUCACAUGAUAAGAGACUCUAAACCUGAUCAAACAGCAGCUCUCGUAGCGGAAAUAGACAAGCUAGUUUGGCUCAAUGGAGACGGAUUUUAUUCAGUAUUGAGACAAGAGUUAAAAACAGAAGAGAUGAGUGAAGAUGUGCAUGAAGAGAUUCAGCUCUUGUCUGUAAUAUAUGAUGCUUCAGGAGGAGCAGCUGGAAUCGUAGGAUGGAUUUUAUUCAUUUCUCUUACAGCUGUUGUUGUUUACACUGAAGGAAGGGACAAAAUCUUGAUUUUGGGGGCAAAAUUUGCAGCACUUGUAUUGUUUAUGGUCUUUCUAAGACAUGUUCUCAGUCCAGAUGUUGCUGUACCGAUAAAUUUGGCCCUGAUGACAUCACUAGCAUCUAUAUUUAUAAAGGACGGUAGAGUAAUCGAAGAUUUUAAGUUUAGCAGAAGUAGCAGCAGUUCAAACAGAAAUAUCAUAGGAGAUUUCAUCUGUAUUAUUUUAAUUUAUAUAAUACUUAUUUACGUAGCAUUUAUGUCUUUACCAUUUCUUCUGGGUUCAUCUCUGGUCUUGGGAACACUUAUCAGCAUCAGGUCGUGGUCAGAUGUGCUCAUAGCGUGUCACGCGGCUCCUGGAGUCACAGUCGGGGCUUAUGCAUUCAUAUUUCAACAUGAAAAGAUUAGUCGUGAUUCUCCAGUCUUUGUGCUCGGGUCAUUUCUGUGUUGCAUCAUUGGGGCGACACUCUCAAUGGGGUUUGUGACUGUGUUUGCUCUGCUUGAUGUGAAGAUGACAAUAAUGCUGCUAAUAUCAGGACUUACAAUGGCAUAUUGGCAUUUAAAGAGUGAAACUUUAGAGAAUGUGAUUGGUUUAUCUGUUCUUACACUGUUUUUUUCAUGUGGUUGUGUUCUCAUUGGUUCAGUCUUUCUUAUUUUAGGGCUGAUGAUGAGUUUUCUCAAAGUAAUUACACAAAGCUUAGUCAGUUCUUUCUUAUUUUAUGUAGCACUAUUUUUAGGAUCAUUAAUAGUAAUUCGGAGAAGAAACAGCAACAACAACACCAGAUGACAGUAUAUAGUCUGUAUGUUUGUGUUUUUUAUAUACACUGCCCUCCAAAAGUUUGGAAACACCUAUGGCAAAGUGUGGUUUUGGACGAUAUCAGCAUA